UUGUAAAUGUUUAUUAUUAAAUAGUGAUACCGGUGACAGUGUCACCGUUUUCUUGCACUCUUUCACACCACGCACACCUAUAACCGAAAUACAAUAGCGGUAUAUACCUAACACAGAUCCUAAUCCCUUCCACCACUACACUUUCAAGUCUUAGCUCUCCAAUUGUAAAUGCUUGGAGUUGAGAGCAAUUCGUAGAUGCAUUUUGCCGGAGGAAUAAACGCUAUAUAAAUUGGUUCUUACCACUAACAACUCUACCUCUUUGAAUUCUGUUCGUUAAAUGCCACCAGAGUCACAAGUAUUGGCACACCUCACAGCUCCCUGUCCAGGAUUUCCUGGAAUGCCAAAUUGAAUUGCAUAAUUAUUUGGACCUUAAACUACUUCAACUCCAUAGGUUGCCCCAAACCCAGUAGAAGUAAGAUAAGUUAAAAUGCUUCUGACAUUGUCUUCAUCAUCCAUACUUCCAUCUUCUCAUGUUCAGCACCUCAAGCUAAAUGAUUUGAUAUUCCAAAGAAAUCCUUUGCCAAACCCAACCUGCACUUUUUUUCGUCACAAUAUUCCAAAAAAGUUCUUUUCUGCAAUCAAGAAUAUUCCCAUAAUUGUGAAAAACAAACCACCAAGUACCUUGAAGUUGAUAGCCAGAGAAUGCAUCAGCUCCAAUGCAGAGUUGUUUGGUGAGGAAAGCAAGGUCACUGAUGAUUGGAGGGAUCAAGAUCUAGAAGAGAUAGAUGACAUAGGAUCCCCAUGGGAAGGGGCUGUUAUGUAUCAGAGGAACCCCUCCAUCUCACAUGUGGAGUACUGCACCACCUUGGAAAGGCUGGGAUUAGGAAUUCUUUCAACUCAAGUUUCCAAAUCUCGAGCUUCCUUGAUGGGACUACGGGUCUCAAAAGCCGUGAAGGAUUUUCCACUAGGAACACCUGUUUUGAUAUCUGUUGACGUGACCAGGAAGAAGCAGAAAUUGAGGCUAGAUGGGAUCAUACGGACGGUUAUCACUCUCGGUUGCAAUAGGUGUGGCGAGCCAGCUGCUGAAUGCAUAUAUUCCAACUUCACACUUUUGCUAACUGAAGAACGCAUGGAAGAACCUGAGAUUAUAAAUAUGGGUGUUAUUUUUGGGGAAGAUAAAUUUAGGGCUUUUGGGAGUAGCAAAGAUGAGGAGGAAGAUGACGAAGAUUCAGUUGAUUCCGAUGAUCGGCUGUAUUUUCCACCUGAAGCAAAGACCAUUGACAUUUCGAAGAACAUAAGAGACCUUGUACAUUUGGAAAUUACCAUUAAUGCACUUUGUGAUCCGGCGUGCAAAGGCUUAUGUCUUAAAUGUGGAGCAAAUUUUAACAGCAGUAGCUGUAAUUGUAGCAAAAAGAAGGUAAAGGAGAAAAAUUAUGGCCCUCUUGGAGGGUUGAGAAAGCAAAUGGAGCAAAAAUGAUUUUAGGUAUAUUGUUGGUGAGUCAUAUUAGAAAUAUUGUUUCAUUGUACCAUUUGUUGUAUACAAUCCUUUUAGGUCAUGUAAGGGAAUGGUGUAUCAAUUGUUCUGUUAUUUCUUUGUUAUAUAUGUCCUACACUUACCAAAUGCGUAUACCAAAUCCACCAUCCCAAAUGAGGUGACACAAGCAUCCUGAUUGAACAUUAAUGGGAUUCACCUAUUUGAC